GCUCUCGCCCCCUCCAUAAAGCAGGGCCGGUGCCGUCCCAUCCCAUCCCGUCCCGUCGUGUCCCGUUCCGUCCCGCCGGGCCAUGCAGGCCUUGCCCCGCCGCGGGGGCUCGCUGGAGGCGGCGCCGUGCCCGCGGGAGGCCGGUGGCCAGCGUGUCUUCGUCCUGCCCUGUUCGCACGUGUGGGAAAAGGACAGCGAGAAAGUAACCAGCUGCUCAGGAAGGGAGGCAGGAGGCUGCAAAGUGCCUCUUGACGCUUUUUCUCAGUUAACUAAGUCAAAUUACACAAUGAUUGAAGAUAAUAAAGAAAACAAAGACCAUGCAUCUGAAAGAGGAAGAACGGCCAUAAUUUUUUCCCUGAAGAAUGAAGUUGGAGGACUUGUGAAAGCCCUGAAACUUUUCCAGGAGAAGCAUGUAAAUCUGGUGCACAUCGAGUCACGAAAAUCCAAGAGACGAAAUUCCGAGUUUGAGAUCUUCGUUGACUGUGACAGUAACAGGGAACAACUGAAUGAGAUCUUCCAGCUGCUCAAAUCCCAUGUCAACAUUGUCUCUAUGAACCCAACAGAACAUUUCAAUGUGCCGGAAGACGACAUGGAGAAUGUUCCCUGGUUUCCAAAGAAGAUCUCAGAUUUGGAUAAGUGUGCAAACCGAGUGCUGAUGUAUGGGUCCGAUCUGGAUGCUGACCAUCCAGGUUUCAAAGACAAUGUCUAUCGCAAGAGACGAAAGUAUUUUGCAGACCUGGCUAUGAACUACAAACAUGGUGACCCAAUUCCCAAGAUUGAAUUCACAGAGGAGGAGAUCAAGACCUGGGGGACUGUAUACCGAGAGCUUAACAAGCUUUACCCAACUCAUGCCUGUAGAGAGUACCUUAAAAACUUGCCCUUGCUCACCAAAUACUGUGGGUACAGGGAGGACAAUAUUCCCCAGCUGGAAGAUGUGUCCCGCUUCCUGAAAGAGCGCACAGGUUUCACCAUCCGUCCUGUUGCUGGGUAUCUGUCACCCAGGGACUUCUUGGCGGGAUUAGCAUUCAGAGUCUUUCACUGCACUCAGUAUGUCAGACACAGCUCGGACCCUCUCUACACACCAGAGCCUGAUACCUGCCAUGAGCUCCUAGGCCACGUCCCUCUUUUGGCUGAACCCAGUUUUGCUCAGUUCUCGCAGGAAAUUGGUCUUGCAUCACUUGGGGCAUCAGAUGAGGCUGUCCAAAAACUGGCAACAUGCUACUUCUUCACUGUAGAGUUUGGCUUGUGCAAGCAAGAGGGACAGCUAAGAGUUUAUGGGGCUGGCUUGCUCUCUUCAAUUAGUGAGCUCCAGCACUCGCUCUCUGGCAGUGCCAAAGUCAAGCCUUUUGAUCCAAAGGUCACCUGCAAGCAAGAAUGUCUCAUUACAACUUUCCAGGAGGUUUACUUUGUUUCUGAAAGUUUUGAAGAAGCAAAAGAAAAGAUGAGAGAGUUUGCAAAAACCAUCAAGCGCCCAUUUGGCGUGAAGUACAAUCCAUAUACUCAGAGUGUGCAGAUCCUGAAAGACACCAAGAGCAUUGCCAGCGUGGUGAAUGAGCUACGUCAUGAGCUAGACAUUGUCAGCGAUGCCCUCAGCAAGAUGGGCAAACAACUGGAAGUUUAACAUUCCCAUCAUCAGUGUGGUGUGCUCAGCAACUCUUUUCUUCUCCCCACUGAUUUCUUUCUAGGCAUGUAACGUGCUGUAUGCAGAACUUUCCUUUACAAAUGGAAGAGUGAAUGGCCCAUAAGGAUAAUUGCUUUAUUUGUUUCUCUGUUUAAAGUCGCUUACAGAAUGUAUUUCCUCUACCUUUAUCCUCCCUGGAUUAAAAACUCCUAGUGUUCCUUUUCAGAAGCUAGCAGAGGACUAGAGAAAUCACCAGACUGGACCACAGCUGUGGUCUGUGGAUCAGGGCUGGGAGCAGAUACUUCAGAGGGUGGCUUAUGAGGCAAUCAGAAUAAUUUGGUACAGGGAAAUGUCUGUCUGACUCUAGUAGUCUAUGCUGCUAAUUUUACAGUAGUGUAGAUUUUAUAGCAUAGAAGUUAUAGUCAUCAGUGCUUCUAUGCCUGUGCUAUUAAGCUUAAAACUUGACUGAUCACGAUCCAGGCAUCAGGACACAAAUAGCCGGAAGCUCAUCAUGAUAAAAUGGAGGGGUCAAGUCUCCUUUUCAAAGAGAUCAUUUGUUCCCCUAAAGAAUUGCAACUGUACUUAUUAGCAUCUUUCUAGUAGAAGGCAGAGAUACAGAGCUAUUGCAUGAAAUCCUAAUUCUCCUUAUUUCAAGAGAUUUACUGUCAGCUCAGAGUCAGGAUUUUUGUUUCUGUCCCUGGUAUUGCACCUGAGGGAAGACACUAAGGAAAUAUCAUUUGCCUUUUUCUUCACUGAAUAAAUUUAGCCAUUUUAUUAUAUUUAUAGCAAUUAGAGCAAGCCAUCAGGUAGUGACUUAUCACAAUGCCUAAAACCAUUUCCAAAUUACAAUUCAAUAUUCAAAAUGGCUUCACAGGACUAAGAGAAGCCCAGGUCUAAAAUGGCUCUCAUUUUAAAGUUCUUAGUUAUGGCCAAAGUUCAUGGCUUUUUAUAAGGAUAAACAUCCUAUUGACAGCUUAGUCACGUCAUUGACCUUGCAAGAUGCACAAAUAUGGAUUUAGUUUCUUCUUUGCUAGACCUGAACACCUGUAUUCACCAUCAAGCAAAUGAUAACUGAAAGAUCCAAACAUUUGAUAGGAAUCAGUGUCCCACAGUAGUUUCAAGCAUCCUUGUGUAGCUUUACAGAGCUGCACUGCCUGCUGUUUCUACCACCCUGUCUAUGAAAUAAAUAUAUCUGUACAGGGAAUGACACAUUUGGUGUAUUUUAUAUCAUGCUAGGCACUGAUUCUUCAUAUGUAGAUCUAUAGAAAAGCCACAGUUUGCAACUGUGGAUGUCACUGGGAAAAUCGACUGAAAUUACAAAUGCACUGGAGAUGUUGGUCCAAGUCUUUUGGGAAUUGGAAAGGACUUUUGAGAACCUUUGUGAUUGAUAAUGACUUUGUUUCAUAUGCCUUCUGGUAGGCUGCUUCUGCUCCAUAAGCAAUCACCAGCCCUAUCUUUCCAAACACAUUCACUGUUUAUCUAGACUUGAUUUAAUUUUCCUGUGACUUAAUACACUAUUAUUAUUUUUUUUAAUAAUAUUUUGGACAUGUAGAAUUGUGGUCUACAACAUUUACAGUUUAUGUCACACUUUCAAAUAGGGUUUAGACGCUUCCUCUUCCUGAAGAAGAACCAGUCUUUGAGCAAUGAGGGAGGAUGCGCUGUCUGCUUCUGUGAUAACAGUUAAUACUCAGCUGCACUUAAAGAAAUGAUGGGAUUAUUAUGUUGUUGAAAUAUAGAUCUGUGUUACUACAAGACUUUGCCUGAAUUAUGUAUUCAUUGAGUAGGAAACCUUACAUCUCCUAAAUUAGUACCUAAUUUCAACUACUUUGGAAAAAACCAGCAAUUGUGUCUUUAUUUGCACCCGUGUAACAAAAGUGUAAGUAUUGCUAAAAGUAAUAGAGGACUGCGUUUUCACAGUGUAACAUGUAUGUUUGGCUUCACACACCCAACCUUUCUGCCUAUGUGUAGAGCAGUGACAAUUUUAGUAUUUUUAACUACUGUGGAGGCUUUAACUGUCCAUGAAAUAAAUAGCGACGCCCUGUUGGUGAUCAGUAGGAGCAAAUAAACCUUUACUUCAGCACUGUAA